ACUUUUCAGCGUUGUCAAGGCAGCCUCAGAGGACGGUUGGCUGGCGGAAAGUAGCUGCAGUGUCCUGGCAACAUAUCUGUCCAAAAACGUUCACAAAAACUGUCCCGGAAAGUUAGGUGUAACUAAAAGGUCGUAUGCAUACCGAUGUGAUGAGAGAUUUGGCAGCUGCUCAGCAGAGCAACACACCUACUGCGGCUUCAUAUAGGACGACACCAUGUAUGUUAAUGGAGGGACGACUAAGGGCAUGAAUUGAAUCAGUGUGACAAGGGAAUAGCCAACCAGUACUUUUGGACGAGAACUGAUGGGCUGUCCAAGCUUGCGAUGCUAACUGCAAAAGACAAAGCUGGUUCAGCGUCCCACCGCUACCGGCCGGCCUCGGAAUAUGAUGAUGCCACCCUCACCCAAAAGAGACAAUACUGGAGAACAAAGAAACGAGAACAGAGGGCCCGACUGACAGAGCGCAGAGGAAAUUCCUCACACAACAGUCAAGGGGGAAAGUUCGUACAUCUACACGCCCCUGCAGCGGGGAAUUCCACUUUAUCCGGCUCUUUUGCUGCUUUCUCCUCUCCUUUGCAGAGUAACGAUGACUCGUACAAAGCAGUCAACGUAUCUCCUGCACCACAGACUGGGAAAAUAGUGGGGGACAGCUCAGUUGAAGCCCCUGGCAGAAAGGAGAAAUGGCUCAGUACGAUGGAACUCAACAAGGUCUUGCCUCAGUUCACUGCAUCAAGUUCCAUCCCUGCCAAAGCUGCUAGGCGCAACGUAGCUACAGUAAGGGGUGCUGCGAGCAGAGCUGUCACCUCUCACAGUGAAACCCAGCUGAACCCCCCCUCAGUGCCUCCAGUCAGAGUGACCGGCAGCUCCGCUAAAACACAACUUCAGCCAUGUGUGUCUAUGCAGGGUGCGUCAGUCCCAAAAACGCAGAAUGAGGCACAAGUUGUAUUAUGCAUUCAGCCCAAACUCUCACCCCCCAGUGUGACCACAGGUAUGAUUAUUGUGUCUUCUCCAUGUGUCCCGGUUUCUAUUAAAACAGAGGGCCAAACAGCGACACCUCAGAGUGGAACAGAGAGUGCCUUGGUCACCACGCAGAGGGCUAAAGGUGUUAGCAACUCACACUCUGUCAUGGAGCCAGAGGACCAGAGAGCAGCCAGGCGCAGAGAGCAAUGGCGGAUCAAAAAGCGAGAGCAGAGGGCGAAGCAGGCAGCUCAGGUGGCUAAAGUGAGAGAAAAGACACAGAGCGGUGAGAUGACGAUGGCAAGGCAAACAGCACAGAAAGCAGGACUUGUAGGGGACGCCAUUCUUCAGCAUCUUCCAUCUCAGUCGUUGAUGAGAGGAGCCGUCCAGAAGCAGUGUCCUACCCGGGUAAAAACCUCCUUUACAUCUGCCAAAAGGGAAACGUAUAAACUGCAAAGUUGGGCAGCAAGGUUAGCUACAGUUAACCUGCAAACAAAUCGGAUAAUACCACAAAACCCACAUGGGAAUAGGACACCACAGACAGCCAUCACAUAUAAUGUUAUAUCCGUGAGAAAGCGAGGGGAGACACAGAGAAAGCUUCCAAGUUAUGUAAAUAUUUCUAAUGUUUCCAAAGGGAUCGCUCGUUGUAAAACACCUAGGCAAAGGAUUGACGCCCAGAGGAAUUUCAUGAAUCAAAGAAACAUAAGAUGUAAAUCCCCAUUUCUUUCUUCAGUCUUUGGGAGCAGAAAUAUGCGCCAAAUCGACCCCAACGACACACCUGAGCAGAUCAUAGCCAAACGGCGAGAGUGUUGGCGGAUAAAGAAGCGCGAGCAGCGAGCUAAGCUGUCAAUGGAAGUGAGGGGUCGUUUGAUGGAGAAGGACUCUCUGAUGCGAAGAGUGAAGCGUUACCAGGACAUCCUAGAGGAGAUAAGGAGGUCCAGAGCCAUGGCCCAAUCGGGAGGAAGCAUCCUGACCAACGCCUCUGAGACCAUUGGAGGGUUCAUCAAAGAGGACGGGACACUGAGCAUUAACAUUCCCCAGGUUUCUACGGAUCACAACACUGCAGCACGUAUAGGUAAAGAAGAAGCUAAUAAUACACCCAUCUCAGGCACCACACCCAUUCGUGUAAACCAGCCCCCCCCUCCACCUCGCCCUACUCAGGUAAGAGUCACUUUUCCUCCUGCUGGACAGUCGGUCAACACGCCUCCGAGACUACUGUCAAUCAGACCAUGGACUCAACUUGAAAGCACAACUGUUAGUCAGAUCAGACUCACUCGUCCUCAAACCUCUCAAAACACCGUUACUGGAGGACCGACAGCAGGGUCUAACCUCGGUGGCUGUGUCAUGAAAAUGACCGUCUCGAAUAGUGCGGUGUCUCUGUCCGCGCUCUCUCUGGAUCCAGCGCUAACAGAGGAGGAGAGGAUGGCUAAAAAGAGGGAGUACUGGAGGAUAAAGAAACGAGAGCAUAGGGCAGCUCGACUGAAGCAGGAGGUCUUACAUGCCAGGGCCACGGAAGCCUUACAGAGGAGGAGGGCCCAGAAGCCAGCAGCAGAAACUACUGCCACACAAGGUGGGAGUCUCACAGGAAACGCACAAUCUCUCCCCAACAACAGUGUGCCUAUUACGCCAAAUGCAAAUGAGAUAAAACAAGAGUCUGAGCCUGUGCCAGCAGUUGACCUAAAUUCUCAACCAGAACAUGCCAUCUGUCCAGAAAUCAGCCCCCCCACCUCCCCACCACCACCUCCAGCGCCUCAGCCGGAGCCUGACCCAGCUCUGAGUUCAGACAGCCAGGCUACCACUCUGCUAGCCGUGGCCUCCAUGAAGAAACUCCUGGAAGAAUCCCUGAGCACAGUGACCCACAUUAAAAUAGAGUCAAAGGAGGAGGCCUCACAGCAAGAGAUGGAGCCCACCUUACCCCAGAAUGAGGGGGCUCCCAUUGCUGCUGAUUUGACAUUGGAGAUAAAAAGCUGGCAGCCAGAUAGCGAUGCUUUGGUACCAGCGGGGUCACAAAGCCCUCAUCUCAAAGACGCACCCCAAAGUAGCGACACACUUCCACAUCCUCCCAACUCUAACGAGGUAGUCCUGAAUCCCACCUGUGAGCACUCAUCCCAAACCACUUCAAAUGUCAUAUUGGACCCCUCAGUGGAAGCCUCUGAUAUCCCAUCUUCACCACACAGAACCCUGAGUCUUCCCACCAAAACAGAAAGCCAUGAAAGCAGCUGUUCCCCAGAGCCACCAAAGCUACACCACCUACCCAUGGUUCAACUGCAACCACAGCAACAACACUGUGAACAACAAAUUAAAGAAGAAGGCCAAAACUCCCCGUCAGCUGAAGGAUACUGCAGCGUGGGGCCCGAGCAUAGUGGGAUGAUGAGCCUGCAGAGGAAGAGGGAGUACUGGAAGCUGAUUAAGAGGCAGCAGAGGGCCAGGCAAAGAGCCAGGCAGAGAGAGAGACAGGCAGAAUGCAGCAGUCGACCCAAACACAUUCAGGCUCCAGGUCGGCUCAUCAUCAACACUGUGAAGGGGGGGCAUCCUCCAGUGAAGCGACCCCUCCAGCCCCGGCGCCCCCCCUCCUCUCUGUCUGCAGUGAGUGGUGUCCCCACUCUCCUGGUGGUUAGCCCUACAACAUGUAGCGCUAACCGGUUCCCUGACAGGAUCCAGGUCAAGCUGCCCGUCCCCCCUGCCUCCCGCUCCCCCAGGACCCAGCAGAACCACAUGGACACUGGGCAGAUGGUGUCCACGCAUCAAGGAGAUCACGAGAAUCAGCAAGGCAUGACACAAAAGUGGACGUCAACUUGCACAGGUGUACACAAACCCCCCUUCCUGCCUCCUCUGAAGCCCCCAGAGAACCCACUAUCCAGCAUCAACCUGCAACCUAUUGAACCCCCCCACACUCCGAGUUCCAGUCCAAUAAAAAUCCCUUGUGCUCAGCUUCAGAGCGCCACACCAAAGGCCAUCCCAGGGGAGUCUGAGGAAGACUUCCUGAGGAGGAAGAGGGAGUACUGGAGGGUAAAGAAGAAGGAGCAGAGAGCCAGGAAGGCCAUCCGGGAGAAGGGGUGGAGAACCCCCAACCACAUGAGGUCCAUCCUGCCUGCCCAGGAUCUGCACACACAGAGUUGUGGUCAGUGGGUGAGCUCCUCUGAGGAGUCGGAACAUUUCAUGAGCACGUCAAAGGACACCGACCCAGCAUCCUUUUCAUUCUCCGGCUUCUCAGCUCCAGCCGAAGAUGAGUCAGAUCUUCUGUUUGCAGACUAUGAUCAGGAUGAAGAGGAGGGUCCGGUCUCUGACGCCGUGUGGAGGAACCGCUACCUCAUGGACCACGACCCUCUGAACCAGCUGCUGGUGUGCAUGGUGUGCGGGGAGCUGCAGUACUCCCACAGCCUGGAGGGGGUGAGGGCCCACAUCGACGAGGCCCACCCCCACACCCUAAGCCUGGAGCCUGGGGAGCAGCGGCAGAUCCUGGAGGCCUGGGACGAGCAGGUGUCCCGGAGAGAGCGCUUCUUCACCAGCCAGCUGCAGCAGCACAACGCCGACUGACAGAAGCACGCAGGAGCUGAAGCGAGGAGGAUAUGACUGCAGGACACAACGGAAAACCACCAACCAGGAGAGAGAAAAGACUCACACUGUCUUAUUUAUUUCAAAUCAUUUCUUCUUACCUUCAUAGAAAAUCAUCUUGACAUAAUGCUGUAUGGGAACAUCCAACCCUGAAGGCAGCUUUACCUCAUUUCCUAGAGGGGUUGUGAGGUGGCUUUAUGAAAGAAAGUAUGAACAUUUGUUACAUUGAAGUUAUGACAGCUGAGAUUUUGAGAUAAUAUUCAAGAGAAGUCCAACAUUCUGGGAAACAAUGUCAACAACACAAAAAACACACAGGUCAGAAUGACUACUUCCUGAAAUCUGCAAUCGUUCCUUCAAUUUCUGCCAUUUGUAAACCUCAACACCUUUAAGCAUUGGGUGUUUCCCACAGACUUAUUACAUGACAAAGAUGCUUUUGAUAAAGUAUUUAGAACAUUAUAGGAGAAUAAAAGUAGCAAAUACAGGGUCAUAGCGAUUUUCUUUCAUUCUCCAAGAUUCUCCUGAGCCUGUCGUUUAAAAGACAUCAUGAGGUGCCCUGAACAAAUGUAAACCACCCCAAGUAAGAAACAAUCUAUAAGUGAGGUACACUGUGUUUCCCUUUCAACAAUAAAACCAUUAACAUGUA